CUCUCAGAGCUGAGUAUUGAAGAGAUCUGCUCAGUGUGUGAAGAGACAUGGAGAAGCAGCAGACAAACACAUCACUGUCAUUGAAGCUCCAGGAUGGUGGAGAGAUUACACUGUAGAGGAGAUUCCAGAGUUACUGAAAGAGGAGAUUUUGCUCAGUGUGUCUCUGUGUCCUCCAGGACCACACGCUCUACUGCUGAUCAUACGUGUGGAGGAUGCAUUUAAAAAGACUGAAAGAAAAGAGCAGAAAAACAAAAGAAGAGGAUGAAGAAACAGAAAGAAAACAUCAGAUCACAGAUGAGUCACACUCAACGUCUCUCAGAGCUGAGGAUUGUGUUGAUGGGGUAUAGACUUGCUGGUAAGAGUUCAUCAGGAAACAGCAUCCUCUGCAGAAAAGAGUUUGACUUGAAGAGAUCUGCUCAGUGUGUGAAGAGACAUGGAGAAGCAGCAGACAAACACAUCACUGUCAUUGAAGCUCCAGGAUGGAGGAGUUUUUACACUGUAGAGGAGAAUUCAGAGUUACUGAAAGAGGAGAUUUUGCUCAGUGUGUCUCUGUGUCCUCCAGGACCACACGCUCUACUGCUGAUCAUACCUGUGGACACUGUGUUUAAAAAGACUUACAAAAGAGCAGUGGAGGGUCAUCUGGGUCUUCUGGGUGAGAGAGUCUGGAGUCACACUAUAGUGCUGUUCACUCGUGGAGAAUCUCUGUCAGACACAUCUAUAGAGCAGCACAUUGAGAGUGAAGGCCAGGAGCUCCAGUGUCUGCUGGACAAAUGUGGGAACAGAUAUCAUGUUCUCAACAACAACAGCAGAGACCACACUCAGAUCAAGCAGCUGCUGGAGAAGAUUAAGGAGACUGUGGCGCAAAACAACGGCGGCCAUUUUGAAAUAGACAGAGAGAUUUUACAGGAGAUGAAGGAGAGAAGAAGAGCAGAGGAAGAGAGAGCAGAAGAACGAAAGAAGAGGAUGAAGAAACAGAGAGAAAUCAUCAAAUCACAGUUGAGUCACACUCAACGUCUCUCAGAGCUGAGGAUUGUGUUGAUGGGGUCUAGAUAUGCUGGUAAGAGUUCAUCAGGAAACAGCAUCCUGUGCAGAGAAGAGUUUGACUUGAAGAGAUCUGCUCAGUGUGUGAGGAGACAUGGAGAAGCAGCAGACAAACACAUCACUGUCAUUGAAGCUCCAGGAUGGUGGAUUAAUGACACUGUAGAGAAAAGUCCAGAGUUACUGAAAGAGGAGAUUUUGCUCAGUGUGUCUCUGUGUCCUCCUGGACCACACGCUCUACUGCUGAUCGUACCUGUGGACACUGUGUUUAAAGAGACUGAGAGAAAAUCAGUGGAGAGUCAUCUGGGUCUUCUGGGUGAGAGAGUCUGGAGUCACACUAUAGUGCUGUUCACUCGUGGAGACUCUCUGUCAGACACAUCUAUAGAGCAGCACAUUGAGAGUGAAGGCCAGGAGCUCCAGUGGCUGCUGGACAAAUGUGGGAACAGAUAUCAUGUUCUCAACAACAACAGCAGAGACCACACUCAGAUCAAGCAGCUGCUGGAGAAGAUUGAAGAGACUGUGGCGCAAAACAACGGCGGCCAUUUUGAAAUAGACAGAGAGAUUUUACAGGAGAGUGGUGAUGGAGCAAAACCAGAAGAGCAAAUGGACAAAUUUGGAGUUACUGGAGCACAGACUAUGAGUGGAGAUAAUCGCUCAGACACCUGGUCUCUGGGAAGUUCAGCUUCAUUCAGAUCUCGAACAGGAGACUCAGUUUUUGGAUCGUCACGCUCCAGAGAUUCAUCUAACACAGGAUUUGUGUCAGGAGCCAUUAAACGAUAUAACAGCAUAGAUAUUCCACCACCAGACUUGAGUGGAGAUGAGCGCUCGGACACGAGGUCUGUGGGAAGUUCAGCGUAUGGUUCAUUCAGAUCUCGAAGAGGAGCAGACAUGGACUCAGUUUAUAGCUCUUUGCGCUCUAAUGUCUCUUUGCCUUCCAUGACUGAAUCUGUGGAACGAUCAGAAACAAGAGAACACGGCAAACCCAAGAUCUCAAAACUCUUAUCAGGAAUAUUCAAGAAGCGUGAUAAGAAUGAAGAGCAGAUUGAGAAGACCUGAAUCAUUAUAUGGUGGAGUCACAAUCAUAACAUUGUAAUUUAAUAUAAAGCAUUUAAAUACCAGCUUUAUUUCAAGAUGUUUUUUUUUUUAAAUAACCUUUAAGUAAUUUUGUUAACAACAAAAGAAAUGUCAGUUAAUUGCUACUUUUCUAAAGAUUUAGAUAAACAUCAGUACACUUUCAUCCUUAUUCGCUGUGUAUAGUUUGUAUUAUAUGUACAUAUUGAAUCUUUUCUCUUUGUUAUCAGUCUUUAAAGCUCUCCUUGAACACAAUCUGUAACACAUUAAUACCUGAGUUUACUGUAAAGCUGCAUCACGAAAAGCUAUAAUUUUCUCAAUGUAUAGGUGUAAGAAUUAAUGAAAAGAUAAUGCAUAUAUGAUAUUGUGUAAUAUAUAAACAACAUUUCAAAGAACAGUAUAUUGCCCAGGGUCUUUAUAACAUUCCAGAUAACAACAGAUCAUUAAAUACAGCAGAUUUCUACUGCA